AUGGCCGACUCGGAUGUGCACGAGCUCAAUGAGCGCUUCGGCCUGGGCGGCAAGCCCCUCGAGCCGGACAUGCUGGCCGAGCUGCAGUCCAUCAUGCGCAUGCACUCCCUGUCAGUCCAGGACCUAUUCUUCAAGUGGGAGAGCUACUGCAUCAAGAUGGACAUGGACGAGAUGACGCUCUCGGUCGAGACUCUCCGCAACCUGAAGCGAGAUAUCCAGGAUUCGCUCGAGAGGGAGAACCGCAACCAGCAGGCGCACGUCAUCAAGUCGGAGAAGCGAAGCGGUGCUGCGCCGAGGACCACGGGCAAGGGUGCAAGCUCGAGCAGUGAUGUGUUUGGCAUAUUGGAAGGCAUGUCCACUCCCGGAUCCUCAAAGCUGAACAGGAGUUCGGCGCCAAAGAGGAAAUUCGAGACACCCUCUGUGUCGAGAGUCAAGGGAGGCUUACCGAGCAGCUCACCCGAUGUCAAGACACCGAACACUGUGGACCGGCAUUUGAAUGACAUGACCUCCUUAACGUUGACAUCGUUCAACGAGAGGCAGAACCCUGGGGAGGUGAUUGAAGUUCUCAACGACCACCUCGGCGCUCUGCAGCCGCCAAUUGCGCCGUACGGAGAGUCUCGAGUCAAGCUCACUGCCGCAUCGGACCAGAAGAAGCUUGGCUACAAGCCGUUGGCCAUGAAGGCGUCAGAGGCAUCAGAGAUCCUGGACGACAGGAUAGAUGAGUUCCUGACCCUGGUAAAAGACCACUACAAGCUUGACGAUGCUGCCUUUGGCAGCGCCGCGAGCCAGAGCACCACCGAGAUCUACGCCGUGGGCAGGAUAGCCUCGGAUUCGUCAGAAGGCAAGCUGAAUGCCGCCUCACUCGUGUUGGAGACGUCGCGGAGAACAGGUGGUGGCCGAAGAAUACCCCUGAACUUGAAGAAGCUGCCGGGCUACCAGUUUUUCCCCGGCCAGAUUGCCGCAUUCAAAGGCAUCAACACGUCAGGGGCGGAGUUUGUCGUCCACGAAGUUCUCAGCCUUCCUUUGCUGCCCAAUGCUGCGUCCACAGUUGACGCGAUUGAGUCGCACCGCGACAAGUUGAAGGGCGGUCCGGACGCCAUGGACUCGGACGACGAACCACAGCCCCUGAAUGUCAUGUUCGGCUCCGGCCCCUAUACAGCGGAUGACAACCUCGACUUUGAACCUCUACAUGCCCUGUGCAGCCAGGCUGCGGACACCUACGCCGAUGCGCUGGUUCUGACCGGUCCUUUCAUCGACGUCGACCACCCUCUCAUCGCCACCGGCGACUUCGACCUGCCCGAGGACGCCCAAGUCGACCCGGACGCGGCCACCAUGUCGACCGUCUUCAAGUACAUGAUCUCGCCGGCGCUCAACCGGCUCGUGUCGGCCAACCCGACCAUCACGAUCCUGCUCGUGCCGUCGGUGCGCGACGUCAUCGCCAAGCACGUGUCAUGGCCGCAGGAUCCAUUCCCGCGCAAGGAGCUCGGGCUGCCCAAGACGGCGCGCAUCAUCGGCAACCCCAUGACGCUGUCGCUCAACGAGACGGUGCUGGGCGUCUCGUCCCAGGACCCGCUCUGGGACCUGCGCCACGAGGAGCUCGUCGGCGGCCGCCCUGCCGACCCCCAGCUGCUCGCCCGCCUGCCUCGGUACCUGAUCGAGCAGCGCCACUACUUCCCUGUCUUCCCGCCCGCCGACCGCACCAAGCUUCCCCGGACCGGCACUGCCGACGGCCUCGCCACCGGCGCCAUGCUCGAUACGAGCUACCUGCGCCUGGGCGAUAUGGUCAACGUUCGUCCCGACGUUAUGGUGGUCCCGAGUGCCCUGCCGCCCUUUGCCAAGGUCGUCGAGAGCGUGCUGGUCAUCAACCCGGGCUAUCUGUCCAAGCGAAGGGGCGCCGGCACAUACGCGAGAAUGGUGCUGUACCCGCCUACGUUGCACGAGGCAGGUAGCAGUGGAAUGAUCAGUCACAGGGUGUUCGAGCGGGCGCGGGUGGAGAUCACGAGGAUAUAG